AUGGAUACAUUCUCUCGGCCAGCCAAUGAGCGCGCUGCGGAAGGGGCUGUUGCCGUGGGGACGGGCCGGCUGGAACAGGUGCAUUUAGGGCGCGCGGGAGCCUGGCGGGCUGUCCUCACCAGUGGCGAGGCUUGGGAGCUCGCGCAGGCUCGGCGACAGGUCACGUUGCACAGAGAGACCCGACGGAGGGAAGCCUCUGUCCCACCCCGGCAACCCCCUCCUCUGUGGGUCGCCGGGCACUUGCGGAGCACCAGCCGCGCCUGCGCGGUGCGCUCCUUGCCUAGCACCCCGCCACCCCCACCUCCUGGCUCAGCUGGUGCGGGGUAUCGGGCGACCGUGUGGAGCCAAACGCUCGACUCUGGGGUUCCGUCACGGCCUGGGGUGGGUGAGGGUCGAGGAGGAGUGCCUGCCGAGACCCCCGACUCGCAAGGAGGGCUGGGAGUCGCAGAGAACGUCUCCACGGCUCUGCAGGGCCCGCAGACCUCCCCCGCGCUUGGGGGUCUCUUCUCAAGCCCUGUCCUUUGCCUUGGGGCUCACUACGGGCCGUUUGGUCCAUCGAUGGCAAUUGCCCGCCAGAUUCCUCCUCUUGACCUUCCUUGGGGUGGCCUGCCAGUGGCCUCCAAAUGGCUGACCUGCCUCUUCCCUGCCCAAACAAAAACUGUUUCAACGGCCUGGUGGAACUGCCCUCAGAACCUUCCCAUCCACGAAACUGGUUUGGCUCACCAUUGAGUGAAUUCCCAAACCCACGACUAGGGCCAAUGAUGAAUGUGUUACCUCGGUAUUAGAAGUACCACCACACAUCGGCUUUUGAGGACACAGGUAUGCCAUAAGCUCUUGUAAAUUCCCCGUAAGAAUUUGGACUUGCACAAGGCAUCCAACAGAAACGAUCAGAAUAUACGCUGCCAGUGAGCCUUGACUUUGUGGGCCCAGGCCCGCCCAUACUGCUGAGCCCUUCAUGGUGUUAUGUCAUCUUCCUUGACACUGGUCAGGGGAUUAGGACACCAGCCAUAUGCUACCAGCCAUCACUUCUCCAAAAACAAACUUGGGAAUAAAGUCACGAGAAGAAAUGAGGACCAUUUGGAAAUUGGAGAACCCACACGUUCUCUGGGGGUUUUUAUGUUUUGUCUUUUUCCCAACUGGAGAGCAUUUUAGAGAGAUGCUCUAAAUUUCUAUGUGCAUAGAAAUAUUCAGUGAGUCAUGCCUAGUGUUGUAGGUCUAUUCCGGUGCGUGGGGUUUCCAGAACAAUUACAUAAGCGUUAGCAU